CAGUGCAGAGCACAGGGUCAGGCACAUAAAUAGCUAUUUAAUGGAUAAGUUUGUUGUGUGGAUAAUUGAAAAACAAAUGAGCCCUACUUUUCACUUCUGUCCAAAUGAGACUAGGUUCUCCUUACGGUUUCUCAGGUUUCGCGGUUUCCUGAGGCUCUCAGCUAACUUACAAUGGAGCGGGACAUACUGAGCUGAGGAAGGCAGGGAGGGGCCCUGGGGAUCAGUGACCGAUUCUCUUCCCCAGCCCUGUUUUGUCUGUCCUUUGGUCCCCUCCCGUUCUUUCCCCACAGAACUCUUCCUCACAUGCUUAUUUAUAUUUUCCUCUUUCUGCAUGCUGGUUCUUAGGGCUCCCCGGAAUAAUCUAGAAGUCGUUUCCAUCAUGGCAGAACUCAAGGUGGACGCGCGGGCCAGCGUAGACUGGCAGAAACGCUGCCUGACUCUGGAAACCCAGCUUUUCCGGUUCCGCCUACAGGCCAGCAAGAUAAGGGAGCUGCUGGCUGACAAGAUGCAGGAGCUGGAGCAGAGGCUGCUGGAGGCAGAGCAGAGAGCAGAGAAUGCCGAGACCCAGGUGGGUGUCAUGGAAGAGAAAGUAAAACUGUCCAAUCUGAAGAAUGUGGACUCGGGGGGGAGCCUGCACCAGAAAUACCAAGAAUUGCUGAAAGCCAUAAAGGGCAAAGAUGAGCUCAUCAGCCAGCUGGAGGCUCAGCUGGAAAAGCAGAAGCAGAUGAGAGCAGAGGAAGCAAAAACUGUUCAAGAAAAAGCUGCAAAGAUCAAGGAAUGGGUGACACUCAAGUUGGCAGAGCUUGAGAUGGAGAAUCAGCAUCUGAAAAGCCAUAAUCAGCACCUGGUGGAGCAGGUGGGAGCCCUUCAAGAUGCACUAGAAGCUAUUCAGAUAGCUCCUUCGCGGAAGCUGCUGGUGCCCUCCCACGGAGCUGCAGAGCAGGAUUCGGUCCCUUCAGAGCCGGGAAUCCAGCCCACGGGCCAGAACAGUGGCUCCCAGGCCGAGGGUCUGAAGGCAGCUGUGCUUGCACCUUCCCCAGGUGCCCUGCAGAGCAAGGACUCUGUUUCUGAAGCAGCAAGUCCCUUGGAGGAUUCUAGUUCCAGCACGGUCCAUUCUGGGGAAAUGGUAGAGGCCAAGCCCCUUCAACCUCAUCUGGGAAGAGAGGGCCCUCCCCACCAGCCAUGCAUGAAGCUUCGUACCUUCAGAUGUGGUUCAGCUUCCUGGGGUGAGGGUCUGGUUACUGCCCAGAGAGGGAUGCUCCCUGGGAUAAAGACCUCUGCCAGGGAAGGUGGCCCUGGCAGCAGUCUGACCCUACCAAAGGUGCGGACUCCUGGCACCCCACGGGACAGCAUCCAGUUGACCAAAAGGCACCACAGCCAGCCCCAGGUGGGCCAUGGGCACUUUGACCGUGUGGUGAGCAUUGAGAUUGGGGCCUUCUCAGCCCUCCACCCCUCUGGCCUUCCUGAGCUGGAGUCCCGAGCUAGGUACCGGGAGGAACCAGAGAAGAUGGAGAUGGAGGAGCCACCCCCAGCAGGGAAGAAUGAGGAAAGAGAGAGCCCGAAGGCCCUUGGAGCUGAGCUGGAGGAAGUGGAGCUGGGUAACAAGCCACCUACACCCCCGCUGCACCAGUUUUCAUCCUGGGAGAGCCGUAUCUACGCUGUGGCCACAUCGGGCAUGCGGCUCUCAGACGUGUCUCCCAGAAGUAAUACUGCCUGCUGCGCUUCAAGCCCUCCUGCCCUUGCUUCCCCUGGGUCUUUCUCUGGCCUGGUCUACAAGAAUGUCACUGUGCCUGUCUACACAGCACUGAAGGGGAGAGCCACGCAGAUCAGCAACAUGCCCUUUAUGGACGAGUCCUCUGGGUCUGACGAUGACUGCAGCUCUCAGGCGAGUUUCCGAAUCUCAGUGCCCUGCUCUGAGUCCAGGAAGACCAGUGGACUAGGCAGCCCCCGAGCCAUCAAGAGAGGCGUCUCCAUGUCCUCACUGAGCUCGGAGGGUGACUACGCCAUUCCCCCAGACGCCUGCUCGCUGGACAGUGACUACUCAGAGCCUGAGCACAAACUGCAGCGCACCUCAUCCUACUCCACCGACGGGCUGGGCCUGGGCGGGGAGUCACUGGAGAAGUCGGGCUACCUGCUGAAAAUGGGGAGCCGGGUGAAGACGUGGAAGAGGCGCUGGUUUGUCCUGAGACAGGGACAGAUUAUGUACUACAAGUCCCCGAGUGAUGUCAUCCGGAAACCUCAAGGCCAAGUGGAUCUGAACUCCCGCUGCCAAAUUGUUCGAGGGGAGGGUUCACAGACAUUUCAGCUCAUCUCUGAGAAGAAAACCUACUACCUGACGGCCGAUUCACCCAGCCUGCUGGAGGAGUGGAUCCGAGUACUCCAGAGCCUGCUGAAGGUGCAGGCCACCGGGCCUCCAGCUCUGCCUCGGGGGGGCACCAAGCCCACCGUGAAGGGCUGGCUGACCAAGGUAAAGCAUGGCCACUCCAAGCUGGUCUGGUGCGCUCUUGUUGGGAAAACCUUCUACUACUAUCGGAGCCAUGAGGACAAGCGACCCCUGGGCUGCCUGCCUGUGCAGGACGCGCACAUAGAGGAAGUAGAUCGAUCCUGUGACUCAGACGAGGACUAUGAGGCUGGAGGAACCAGACGGUUGCUUUCCUCCCACUGCACCCUGGUGAUCCACCCCGCAGAGCACAGCCCCACCUACCUCCUCAUUGGCACCAAGCAUGAAAAGGAUACGUGGCUCUACCACCUCACAGUGGCUGCGGGUGGCAGCAGUGCCAAGGUGGGCACUGCCUAUGAGCAGCUCAUUGGAAAACUGAUGGAUGGUGAAGGAGACCCAGAUUCGCCGCUCUGGAGGCACCCCAUGCUGUGCUACAGCAAAGACGGCCUAUACGCCUCCCUCACCACCCUGCCCUCUGAGGCCUUGCAGACGGAGGCCCUCAAGCUCUUCAAGUCCUGCCAGCUCUUCAUCAACGUGCCGGUGGAAGCUGCCUCGGUGGACUACCACGUGUCCUUGGCCCAGACCGCACUGCAGGUCUGCCUGGUUCACCCCGAGCUGCAGAGUGAGAUCUAUUGCCAACUCAUGAAGCAGACCAGCUGCCGCCCGCCUCAGAAGUACUCCCUCAUGCAGUGCUGGCAGCUCCUCGCUCUGUGUGCUCCACUUUUCCUGCCUCAGCAUCACUUCCUCUGGUAUGUCAAGCAGCAGCUCCAACGCCAUGCAGAUCCCAGAAGUGAAACUGGCCAGUAUGCCACCUACUGCCAGCGGGCAGUGGAGCGGACCCUGCAGACUGGGGAGCGGGAAGCCAGGCCGUCACGCAUGGAAGUGGUGUCCAUCCUGCUGCGUAACCCCUUCCACCACUCCUUGCCCUUCAGCAUCCCCGUGCACUUUACCAACGGGACUUAUCAGGUGGUUGGUUUUGACGGCUCCUCCACGGUUGAUGAGUUCCUCCAGCGGCUGAACCAGGAGAUAGGCAUGAGAAAGCCAUCCCACUCUGGCUUUGCCCUCUUCACGGACGAUCCCUCUGGCAGGGACCUGGAGCACUGCCUGCAGGGAAGUGUCAAGAUCUGCGAUGCCAUCUCCAAGUGGGAACAAGCCAUGAAGGAGCUGCACCCCGGAAAGUCUGAGGGUGGGACACGCGUCGUGAAGCUGAUGUACAAGAACAGGCUGUACUUUCGCAGUCAAGUCAAAGGGGAGACGGACCGAGAACGGCUGCUCCUUGCCUCUCAAACUAGUAGAGAGAUAGUGGCAGGGAGGUUGCCCGUCAACAAGGAAUUGGCUCUUGAGAUGGCUGCCCUGAUGGCCCAGGUAGAAUAUGGGGACUUGGAGAAGCCUGCCCUGCCAGGCCCUGGAGGCACAUCCCCUGCCAAGGCUCAGCAUCUUCUCCAGCAGGUCCUAGACAGGUUCUACCCCAGGCGCUACAGACAUGGGGCUCCCCCCGAACAGCUGAGGCACCUGGCAGAUAUGUUGACCACAAAGUGGGCAACAUUGCAAGGCUGCUCCCCUCCUGAGUGCAUCCGCAUCUACCUGACUGUGGCCAGGAAAUGGCCUUUCUUUGGUGCUAAGCUUUUUGCUGCUCAGCCUGCCCAGCUAUCUUCCAAGGAGAAUGCUCUGGUGUGGAUUGCUGUGAAUGAGGAUGGUGUCAGCAUCCUGGACCACAACACUAUGCAAGUGCACGUCACUUACCCCUACUCUUCAGUGACAACCUUUGGUGGCUGCAGGGAUGACUUCAUGCUUGUGAUUAGAUCUAUCCCAGACAAGACCUCUGGAAAGAGCCACAUUGAGAAGCUGAUCUUCCGGAUGGCUGCUCCCAAGCCCCAGCAUCACGCAGUCCUCAGUUGGGUGUUUACGUGCUCUUCUCUUCCUUGCAGCAGGCCUCGAGGCAGGGCAGAUUCCUCUUUAAGAGCUAACCAGGGCAGAACACUGGGCCUCCUUUUCUCAGAAAGGCACUGUGCAUCUCAGAGGAUCGCCAGACCAACAGGGGCCCACACCACUGGGCCUCUGAACCGCACAGUAAUGGUUCCCUUUGGAUAUUUUCUCCCAGAUUGCAGAAGCUACCUUCAUCAUGGCCAGCUAUAUGAACCAUUGCUCUACAACUGUGAACCCACCCACCAACCUACCCGGAGCCUGCCAGCUGUGGGAACUGGAUGGACAACAGUUCUUUUCUUCUGUUUCCUGUGCUACCAAGGGGCCAACGUUGCUGUGAAUAUUUCUCCUACCCGAUUCCCCACUACCACUAGUGCCUCUGGAUUUAGAGAUAUAUAUCCUAGGGUAUGAUACUACUGUGAUGGGUCUAACAGCCCCCCACCACUGUUCUUCUGUGAAAUGUGUAUUUUAGUGUCUGUGAAGCCUUUAUUCUCUAGGUGCCUUACAAGGUUUCAGGGCUCAACUUUGAAAAAUCUAGACCCAGUGUUAAAACCACUUAUUCCUUUUUUCGUAAGAAGAAUGACUCUGGAUGCUACCCGAUUCUAGACAUAGACAGGGAUGAUACACUGUUACUGAGGGCAUCAGUGCUGUAAGUUAAGGCUUUCUGCACUGAUACUCUCAAGGAAGCUAAUUUUCUUUUUGGUGGGGUGGGGGACACAGUCUCACUACGUUGCCCAGGCUCCUGGGUUCAAGCAAUUGUCCUGCCUCAGCCUCCUGAGUAGCUGGGAUUACAGGUGUGUGCCACCAUGCCCGGCUAAUUUUUGUAUUUUUAGUAGAGACGGGGUUUUACCAUGUUGGCCAGGCUGGUCUCAAACUCCUGACCUCAGCUGAUCCACCCACCUUGGCCUCUCAAAGUGCUAGGAUUACAGACAUGAGCCAACGUGCCCAGCCUGGAAGCUAAUUUUUUAAUAUUGUAUAUGGUCUUAUUUAUACUUGAAGUUUUCUGAACGUCGCUAAACAGGAUAGGACUAAAAUUUCCAAUUCUCCUACACUGUCAGAAGCCUAGAACUCACUAAACUGCGCUGCCUUGCCCAAAUGGGAAAGGUGCUGGCAGAGUUGGAGAAAAAAGAAUAGACUCACUUUUCCCCAUUAUUGGUAUGUAGGCAUUGGUACAGCCCCUUCUGUGGCAGUCUUUGCAGGAUAACAUGCUAUCCCUGCUAAGAUUCAAGCUGUUUCCCUCACACUGGACUGUAGGCCAAACCCAGUACCACACAAUGUGCAAGCAAGGGCAGGGGGUAGGUCCAAUCUGACCCCUCCCUGUCUCAUUUUAACGACUGGACAGGGCUCGGUGAAGGCUGUGUUCACUAUAGUGGGCCAUCAUUUGUUUCCUUGUUCUUGUAAAAGACCAAGCAAAUGCACUCUGCUUUUUGCUGCUAUAAGACUACCAAAAAUGAGUCAGAAACACAGAAGACUAUUUCAGGCAUGUGGGCCUGGAUAUGCUCCUUAAGACUUCUGGCAAACUUCUGCUGGGAAUUAGUUUGAGGGUGAGGAUACGUAUGUGACACUUGCCCUAGCCUACGAGUAGCAGGUAAAAGAAAGUUUCUUUCCUCCUUUGCCUGACUGAUAAUACCAUAAUCCCCCUCAAUUCAGACCUUCUGACUGAGUGCAGAGGAGACUAGACAGUCUCCUCUAGACAGGGUGUAGACACACCCUCCCUUAACAAAAACAAAAUGAAAGAGUUCAUACACUGAUUUUCCAACAUCUAAGAAACUGAGUUUUAUUUCCUAGCUCUAAGGCAGCCUUACUAUCUGUCAAUAAAGUGCUGAAAACUGUAUAUUUAGCAGUAGCACCCAAAACCAAGCCCUUAAUCCCAACAAUGUGUGUAUAUUGUGCACAGCAAAAACUGCGAGGCUGGAACUAGUUUAUCUGAACACCUCAGCUGCUGUAAGCUUCUCCUCUCUCACCCUGUAAACUGACAAGCAUGAGGAAAAAAGGAGCACAUCCAAGUCUCUGCCUCUUUUACAUGUACUUGACUGUGCAAGGCAAGUAGUUUUACAGCCAUUUCUGUUCACACCUUUCACCCCAGGAUUUGGGGAUCUAGCUGAGACAUUUCUACCUCGAACAGGUCACAUGUACCACAGGUUCCUGAAUAAUUCCUGCAGGGCUGGUGACAGACAUAACAGCUCUGGUUUUAUAAUAUCUUGGGUGUCUCUAAGGCCAAUAAGAAUAACAUUAUCUACCCAGAGAGUUUAAAAGAAAAGUAGGAGUCCGAAGGAAGGGUAAACAAGAAUGGAGCUGUGUUCACACUGAAUUUGGGAUCAAUCUAUUUCCCCCACCCUCUCUCCUCCCCAACCCUUCAGGAAUUCUCCUUUACUUUAUUAAUUUUAUACAGAAGAAACUGCCUUAGAAACAAAGGAUUCAAUAAUUUGCUUAUUUAUUCUUUGUUAACAUGAGAGUCCCGUGUCUGAAAACCAAAGUCAAAUUUCUGUGUGGCCUUUUGUCUCAUCCCUCUUGGCAAAAGUAGCUUUUGAACUGAUUUUAAAAAAUUGCUGAGUAACAGAAAAGUAUUAAUGUGCUUGAUACCAUGACUGAAAUACCAUGAUCUUGUUUGUCAAUAAAAAGCAGCUAUCUGUGAACCAGG